AUGGCAAUUGAAUCUUUUGAUUUUGCAGCCUUUAAAAAGCAAUUGACUACAGACUUACAAUCUUUAUCUUCUGAAUCGAAAAGAAAAAGUACAGAUGUUAAACACGCUAGUGAUAAAUCUAUUGAAAUUUUGAAAACUGUAACUAAUAUAAAUGAUUUAACAAGACAUCCAGAUUUCGUAGUACCAUUCAUUUUGGCAUGUUCUUCAGGAAAUGCAAAGCUAACUUCAAUUUCUAUGCAAUGCAUUCAAGUUAUAUCAACUGUACAAUGUAUACCAAGUACUAGAAUUUCUGAAAUUUUAGAUGCUUUUAUUAAUGCUACUCAUUUAGCGGUGGAAAUACAAUUAAAAGUUAUGCAAAUUUUACCUAUUUUUUUUAAUACUUAUUCAAAAUUAAUCUAUGGAGAUUUAUGCUCAAAAUUGUUGAAAUGCUGUUCAAAUUUGUUACAAUUAUCAACAAAAUAUCCAAUGGUUGCUGGUACAGCUAGUGCAACUUUACAACAAUUAAUUGAUGAAAUUUUUGAUCGUUUAUCUUAUACUUGGGAAGAUAAUGAAGAAACAAAACCAAUUUAUGAUAAUAACAUUUUUAAAGUUGCAAUUUCAGACAGUGAAAAAAUAAAUACAAAUGCCUAUCAUUACGAUGUAAACAAUUUACUGGCAGCUUUGUGUUUCACUUUGGAUUCUUCAAAGAAAAUGGAUUCAAAUCCAGUUGCCUCUGACAUUACUCCUAUAUUAAAUGUAAGUGACAUACCAAUUGAUUAUGCUCUAGAAAUUUUGGAAACAAUUCUGAAAAAUAAUAAAGAAUUGUUUUUCAAAUAUACAGAUUUAUCCUAUAUAUUAAGAAUUAAAGCAGUUCCACUAUUGUUACGUAAUAUUUCAUCCUCAAAUCAGUUUACUACAGUGGUAAGAAGUUAUCGUUGUGUGAGAGCACUAUUGCAAUGUGAAUUCAUACCGGUAAUGGAAUUAGAAAUGGAAGUUGUACUGUCCCUUUUAAUUCACGUAAUAUCGAAAGAUUCAGAUUUGCCAGUUUGGAAAAAGGCACUCUCCCUAGAAUUGUUCCUAGAUAUUUCAAAAAAUUUCAAUUUCCUGCAAGAUAUUUUUAUCUCCUAUGAUAAAUUUCCUGAUAGAAAGCAUAUUUUGGAAAACUUAUUAAAAGAACUGAACAAUUUAAUUAAUUCAGAGGAUUUGGUUUCAUACUUACAGGAAUCAACUAUUAUCGAAAUUACAGAUUCUCCUCUAAUAUCCAAUGAACUAUCCAUGAUUAAAACACCUUACAUUCAAACUUUUGAUAAAAUUAAUGUAAAUUCAAUUAAUUUGACAUAUUUCAUAUGGAUAAUUUUAGGCAUCUCGAGUUAUAUUUCGGAGGGAUUAAGUUUGAAAGCACAAGAUGUUAUCAGAGAGGGGACAAAUACUGAUUCAGGUGAUUACAAGAAUUUAGAAGCAAUGUUUAAUGGGAUAUUCAUUUACCUAUUUGAUAUACAUAAAAAAUUUCUAUAUUCCACGUCUUUGGAUAGUCAUUUGUUUCAUUCUGCAGUUAGAUCUUUCCAAAAGAUUUCUCAUGUUUCUGGUGUUUUAUCAAAUGAUGAAAAGCUUACAAAAUGUUUGAACCUUUUUUCUCUAGGAAUAGUACAAAACGCCAAACGCCCUUCAAAAGAUGCUCCAAAAGAUGACAACAAUGACCAAUUGACUAGGCAAACAAGUACCGUAUUGAAUGUAUUAAGUGAAACUUUAAUGGGAACAUCUGAAUCAGAGAAGACUAACGAGGAAAGAACUUCCAAGAAGGUUUUACAUCCAAGAAAAAUGAGUAAAAAACAUGUGGUUUUACUGAGAGCCCUUUUAUCGUUAUCUAUCUCAUUAGGAUCCAACUUUAACAGUGUAUGCUGGCGUUAUGUAUUAGUUACUUGGCAAUGGGUGUCAUAUUUCAUCUAUGGCCCUUCUUCUGAAUUCAUGGAAAACUAUUAUGUACAGGAUGUGCCAAGUGCCCCUGCUUUAUCAAAGAAUAGCAUAUCAUCUAUUGAAAGUAGUAUUGAGAACCUAUUAACAAACUCAACAUUGUACAACGCUGGCUCUUUCGAAAUGUUACUGAGAUCGUUGAUAGAGUGUUCACAUAAAUCUUUAUCCAUGCCAAAAUUUGAAGAUAAUAUUUGCCAGUAUCCAGUGUCAGAAAGUGGAGAAAUUGAAUAUUGUUUAUAUAAUAAAAGUUUUUUUGUCACCGAAUUAGGAGAGUUCAGCAUGCAUAACAGCUCCCAAUUUUAUAUGAAUCCAGAUGGUGAGAAUAAUUGGUUUCUAAUUUACGAUUAUUUGGUUGAACUAAUUGGUAACCGUGAUAUAUCCAAUACAUUGCUUCGAUUAUAUGCGACAAGGGUAUAUACUGAUAUUAUAUUAAAAACUACGAAUUCUGUCGAUGAAAUAAAAGACGCAGAUAAGAGGAAGGUUGCCUUUGGAAGUUUGGAGGUUUUGUUUUCUAAAUCUUUUACUAUCUUAAUUAACAAAUUAAGAAGCCUCGAUAUGGGGAAAGAACAAAUAUAUCAUGGGGUGGCUGAUACGGAGUCAAAAAUAUUAUUGCAACUUUUGUUCACGUUAAAAGAAGUACUGAAUGAAUUUGGCGAUUCACUUGACAAGUCAUGGCCAACUGUAUUUGAAGUGAUUAAUUCACCAUUCCAGUGGGUAGUAAAUGACGACCUAUUAGUUGCCACAGAAGCUGAAGAUGAUUCUUCAUUGGUAACAGGUUUAGUUUUAAAGCACAAAGAAAUGGUUGAAGUUUCUUACGACGUUUUCAAAUUGAUAUCAGACGAUUUCCUACAAACCCUACCUUUAGAUACCAUCAAAGAUGUUAUUGAUACCCUGAGAAACUUUGUUUCACAAAGCCGGAAUCUAAAUAUAUCAUUUUCAUCUAUUAGUCAAUUUUGGCUUGUAGGCGAUUAUUUGAGGAUCCAUCAUAAAAUUGAAAACAUCGAAUCAUCAGAUGUGGAGAAAUUCUCAACUCUAAUUCAAGAAAAAGGUCUAAUUGAAGUUGUAAAUUCUACCGAUUCAUCUAGGUCACAAUUUGAAAUAUCUAGUGCAUUAUGGUUGUACUUACUUAAAAAGCUUGUUGAAUGUACAACAGAUAGUAGGAAUGAAAUAAAGAGUGGAUCCAUUCAAACAUUUUUCAGGAUAAUAUCCUCUCAUUCGAAUUAUCUUCCUGACUGGGAUUUAAUUUUCCUAGAAGUGUUGAAUCCUUUACUAACAGCCAACAUGAACGAAAAUGAAAUGCAUACAAGUGUUGAGUUUUUGAAUAAUGUUUUACAGGGUAUCAUAAAUCUCUACCCAAUUCAUUUUGUUGACUUUUCAUCAUCUCCAAACAGGGUUCCACAGUGGUCCACCUUACUGGAUUAUUUCCAAAGGAUACUGGUUUCCGAUUCAACCGAAGCAUCGCAUGCAGCAAUUGUAAACUUCCAAAAGCUAUUGAAGGAAUUGGUUAAUAUCAAAGAUAUACCAAGUGAGAUUUUGAAGAAAUUGUACGAAAUAUGGUGUGGCUAUAGCAUUAUAUAUGGUGAUAUUUCUGGAGGCAAUACGUUUCAUCAGGUAUCAGGAUACGAUUGUAUCGAUGAACAUAUAAAGGGAUUCCCAUACCUAUUCGAAUUGAUGAAAUUAUACAACCAAGUUACGGUAGAAUUUGUUGAGAAGGCUUUGAGUUUGUUCAAUUCUGCAGUGCGUUAUCCACUUUUGCCUGAACACACUAAGGAUAACAAAAAGCCUUCUUCAUUACAGGGCGGUAUUAUGAAAAGCCUUUCCACCUUUAAAUGUCUAGAAGAUCCAGAACUAGAAAAAUUAUUAUUGCUCCAAUUAGGAGCAAUAGCAACGUUACCUUUUGAGACGAGAGAAAAGAUCGAAAAGAAGCUUUUACCAAAACUGUCUGCUAACUCUAGAUCACGUAUACCAACUUUUGAGGCAAUUAGCUAUAAUGCUAGUGUCGAAUUAAAUGACAGAUUAUACAUCAUAGUCGACAAGAAGCCAGAAAUAGUCAGAAGCGAUUUCAUUACUAAAGUAAUGAGAAACUUAGGUGAAAUUAUUGAACGGAAGUCUUUAAUCGACGUUAGUGCUGAAAAGAACAAGCCAAUGUGGUUGCUGGUUUCAGGUUGUUUGAGAACUCUAUCGGUGGAAUUAUUUAAGUCUACUGAAAUGAAUAAGGAACCAAACCAGUUUAUUGAUACUGUUUGUGACAUAUAUACAAAAGUAACUGUUGCACCAUUGCAUAAAUUAGAUCCACAGAUUGACGAAGAGACUCAGGAUGUUGACAAAGAAGAGUAUUGUAAGUAUCGUGAUAUUUUGUUGAGCGUUGACGUCAUGAAAUUCAUAGGAAAGGAACAAUUAGAGUUUCUUGUUUCUACUGUGUGGACAAACUCUUUCCUUUAUCACUUAGAUGAAAUUGAAGAUGUACUUAUCAAAUCGGGAAAUAAUUUGUAUGAAGUAUCUGAGAAAUUAUCGGAAUUUCAGUUUUCAGACAUUGCAGGUUCAACAAUCGAGUCUCCUUUACUAAGCAAAUACAAAUGUGCAAUAGAAUGCCUGAAUGAUUUAGUCAAAUUUAUUACGCUACAAGGUGAAGAAUACAAAACCUUACGAACAGUAGCUGCUCCAUAUUUAGUUUCACGUAUUGCAUUUGCAUUGCGAAGACACAUAUCCGAUCAAUCACUGGUUGGAAGAGCACCAAUUUCCAAGAUUCGUAAGUUAGAAUUAGAAACCUUGCUUCGUGGGUUAAGAGAUAUAUUAGAAUCAUUACUAUCUGAUACUAUAACCUCUAAUGAAACUGUAGUGAAGAAUGUAAAGCUAUUAUACCCCUUAAUAUUAAGAACAAUUCCUAUUUCUCACAAGGUCCCUGAUCUUCAAGAAGUUGUUCUAGACUUAUCAUUGGGCUUCACUAAAUUAACAUCCAAGUAA